CGGCGGCGCGGGGGCGGGGCGGUGACGCGAUGCAAAUGAGGGGGCGUGUCCUGGGCGGCCCCGCCCCCCGCCCGCCGGGGCUGCGGGGCUCGUGUUCGGCGGCGGGGACAGUCAAAGUGGCUCCCAUAGGGAGAGACGGCGAGUCCGCCCGGCGCUGCGGGAGAGGGAGGGGGCACGGGCAGCCCCAGGGUCUCCCUCCGGCCGUCCGUCCUCGCCGCCGCCGCGGGUGCGCCCCUCUCGCUCCCUUCCCGGCGUGCGCCCGGCUCCGGCAACUCGCUUCCUGCGCGGCUGGAGGAGGGAGGAGAGAGGAGAGGAGCGGAGAGCGCUUCGGCUGGGAGAGGAGAGAAGAAAGAGGGAGAAAAGAAAGAAAGAAAAGAGAGAGGGGAGAAGGGGGGGGACUUGCCUCUCUUGUCACUGGAAAAUGACACUUGAUGUAGCAGAGCCUGCCGCAGCUCCCGUUCGUCCUAUUGUUUCUUAAACUGCCAUCUGAGAUUUUUUUUUUUUUUUUUUUUUGCCUGCUGCCAUCCGAGGGGUGUCUUCAUACAAAAGGGACUUCAAGUACUCCUCCGGCUUGCGAGCGCUGCAACCAGCCCCCAGCACCCCGCCAGCCCCUCCAAGCACCCAAACAAACUGCACACGCAGCAAACAGCAGCAACAAAACCGGGCUCUGAUUGCCUCUGGAUUUUUUUUUUUUUAAUGUGCGUGCCUGUGUUUGCUUUCUCCGACUUGCUUUGAUUCCAGCGAUCAGCUGCAGAGAAAGAGAAAAAAAAAGAGAGAAAGAAAGAAAAAAACCCACAUAUAACAAUCCGACUGGCGAUUUUAUCACUUUUUAAAAAUUUUGAAUAAAGAAGGAAGAUUUGCGCUGUUGUUUCUGAUUCAUGUUUGGGAUUCAGGAAAGCAUCCAGCGGAGUGGGAGCAGCAUGAAGGAAGAGCCCCUCGGCGCGGGGAUGAACGCGGUGCGGACGUGGAUGCAGGGAGCCGGCGUCCUGGACGCCAGCACGGCCGCUCAGAGCGGAGUGGGUCUGGCCCGGGCUCACUUCGAGAAGCAGCCGCCCUCCAACCUGAGGAAGUCCAACUUUUUCCACUUCGUCCUGGCUCUGUACGACCGGCAGGGGCAGCCCGUGGAGAUCGAGCGCACCGCCUUCGUGGGCUUCGUGGAGAAGGAGAAGGAAGCCAACAGCGAAAAGACCAACAACGGGAUCCACUACCGCCUGCAGCUGCUCUACAGCAAUGGGAUCAGGACGGAGCAGGAUUUCUACGUGCGGCUCAUCGACUCCAUGACCAAGCAGGCGAUAGUAUAUGAAGGUCAAGACAAGAACCCAGAAAUGUGCCGAGUUCUGCUCACGCAUGAAAUAAUGUGCAGCCGCUGUUGUGACAAGAAAAGCUGUGGCAACAGAAAUGAGACUCCAUCAGAUCCAGUGAUAAUUGACAGGUUCUUCUUGAAAUUUUUCCUCAAAUGUAACCAAAAUUGCCUAAAAAAUGCAGGAAACCCUCGAGACAUGCGUCGAUUCCAGGUCGUGGUGUCUACAACAGUCAACGUUGAUGGCCAUGUGUUGGCAGUGUCAGACAAUAUGUUUGUGCACAACAAUUCCAAGCACGGGCGGAGAGCUCGAAGACUCGAUCCCUCGGAAGGUACGCCUUCUUAUCUGGAACAUGCAGCUACACCAUGUAUCAAAGCCAUCAGUCCAAGUGAAGGAUGGACUACGGGAGGUGCCACUGUCAUCAUCAUAGGAGACAAUUUCUUUGAUGGGUUACAGGUCAUAUUCGGCACCAUGCUGGUUUGGAGUGAGCUGAUUACUCCACAUGCCAUCCGUGUACAGACGCCUCCCCGACAUAUCCCAGGGGUCGUAGAAGUCACAUUGUCCUACAAGUCCAAGCAGUUUUGCAAGGGAACUCCUGGAAGAUUCAUUUACACAGCCCUGAACGAGCCCACCAUUGACUACGGUUUCCAGAGGUUACAGAAGGUGAUCCCCCGGCACCCCGGCGACCCCGAGCGCUUGCCAAAGGAAGUAAUACUUAAGAGGGCUGCUGAUUUAGUAGAAGCACUCUAUGGUAUGCCACAUAAUAACCAGGAGAUAAUCCUGAAGAGAGCCGCAGACAUCGCCGAAGCGCUCUACAGCGUCCCCCGCAACCACAACCAGCUCCCCGCCCUCGCCAACACCUCCGUGCACGCCGGGAUGAUGGGCGUGAACUCCUUCAGCGGCCAGCUCGCCGUCAAUGUCUCCGAAGCCUCCCAAGCCACCAACCAGGGUUUCACCCGCAAUUCCAGCAGCGUGUCACCCCACGGCUACGUGCCAAGCACCACCCCACAGCAGACAAACUACAACUCUGUCACAACGAGCAUGAACGGCUACGGCAAUGCUGGAAUGUCAAAUUUAGGCGGUUCUCCAACCUUCCUGAACGGAUCUGCUGCCAAUUCUCCCUAUGCCAUUGUGCCAUCGAGUCCGACGAUGGCCUCCUCCACUAGCCUCCCCUCCAACUGUAGCAGCUCCUCCGGGAUCUUCUCCUUCUCCCCAGCCAACAUGGUCUCGGCGGUGAAGCAGAAGAGCGCCUUCGCGCCCGUCGUCAGGCCCCAGACCUCGCCCCCUCCCACCUGCACCAGCACCAACGGCAACAGCCUGCAAGACCAGUCUUUUGUGGACUCUAGCAAGUACUCCACUGCAGGGUCUCUCCAGGGGCUGGCCUUCUCCUGAAGUACGUCACUCAAUCUUCCCUUCCUUUUUGUCCUUUGUCAUCGUACACUUGUGCAGAAAUCCUACUGAGAGCAAACAGAGCGUUACAGAGCUUGGCACAAACCUUCCCUUUCAUAAACAGGAGAUGCAUUACAAACUAACAGCAGCGUUUUCCACUUUAACUCACACCAGGGCAAACAUUAGUUUCCACUGAUUAAUGUACUCCCGUGCCAAUUAAUUCCACCAAUGGCUCAGGGCCCUUUGGAAAGCCUAUUGAGCUGUUGGUGUCGAGGGGCUGCUCCUUUUCUGCAUCCCUUCCCCUCUCAUUACGAGUACUCCAGCAUUAAAAAUCCACCUAAAUCCAUUGGAAGGGUUGGUGCAGGCGAGGCAGUGACAGACAAAAGCUUGUCAAGCUGAGGGUGCUGCAAAGCCCAGCGCUGCCCAUCUCAUUGUUUGGCUGAGUCUGUUUUACAGUGCCUGAACCUCCCCGUGUGAUUCCCUCACUGCACAUCUCUGUGCUGAGAGAGGCAUUUUCAUGCUUGCUCAGAUCCAGGGGUUUCCUCAAGCCAGCUGCCUCCAGCUGCCAGAGGUGGGAAAUAUUCCAUGGGGUGCAUUGUGCUUCCUCCAGACCUGAGAUUUGUUCCCUUUCCAUGAGCCUGUGCAAAUUAUCCAAAAGGCAUCGAGUGGGGAAUAAAAUCCACCCUUUUUAAAGCCAGGUUCAGAAGGAGGUGUGCAGAGCAGGAUGUUGCACAAACUCCACAUGUCACUCAGCCUCUGGAAAGAGGAACACUGGGCUGGAAGACAAAAUGCUGAUAGCACCAUUAGUGGCCAAAAAAAAUCUAUAUACAAGCAGAAUGGAAGGAGUUCAUUCAUAAAAACUUGGAUCUAUUGUGCCUGAAGGAAAGUGGUGUCCUCAGUGCAUGUCACACUGGUGAACUGGGAGGAGGAAUCCUUCAAGGUGCACACACACACAGAAAAACUGUGCAGAAACUGUAAAUAACUAAUAAGCACUGGGUACCUUCAUUCAGGACUUUGUUAGAAAUACAAACUGCAUCAGGAAUAAGAUAAAACGAAAUUUUCAGGUGAACCCCACAGCAUUUAGGAGAUUUGGUUUUGAACAUUUAAAAGAAUUGGCAGUGCUGACAUGCUUCAAGUUUUAAAAGCAGCAGCUAACUAUAUUUCUCAUCUGAAAUUAAAAAAAAGCUUUUGAACACGUUAAGGUUUUUUCUCUCUCUUCACCUUGUCCCAUCUUGUUGUGGAUGGAGAGAAAAACGAGUAACAGGAGAAAGCUUUUUCAGCUUUCCCAAGACACAGAAUUCUCAGGUUCCAUGUUCUGAGUUAUGAAAAGCAAUUCUGGAAUGAGCCGAGAGCAGUGGGCACAACUGGAGCUGUCUGAUUGCCUCCUCACCGUGUCACCUCCACACCUGCCAUGCCCAGAAACCACACAGAUAUGAGAGCUCCCCUAAUUUUUGUUUAGCAAUUCAGCUUCCAUAAUAGGAAUGAGCCACCAAGAGAUGGUUCAUUUCUAGGUCAUCACUGAACUUCUUGGCGAGUUAAAGACACACAGCCUUUGGUCCUGUGCCUCCUGACACCACCUGAGGCUUGUAAUAAUCACUCAGAGAUGCACUGCCUGUUGUGCCUUAAUGCUUAAAUAAACAACCAUGUAUAAGGAGGCUGUCUUAUCUCUCUUGGGCUUCUGGAUACAUCAGAAAGCAAUCAAGCUUUCCUUAUGUAGCUCAGAUAUCAGCAGAACUCACUAAAACAGCAGCCAGGCUUAUCUGUUGUUCUCUUUGCCAUGCAAUUUUGUAAAACCCCAAAUACAUUAUUUCUGUAAUUUGCUGGCAGCAAAUACAAAUUAGUAUAUGAUAGAAGAAAUAAAGGCCAUUGGUGGGAGCUUUUCUAUUCUCUGCCCUCCCUUUUUGGAGGUGUGUGAUCUCAUACCUACACUGUUUCCCACUGAUAUCUCUGUUUUCAGGAUCAAUAACAGGCUACAGCUGGGAGAAUUUGCAUGACUAGAUGUAGCACUUAUGGAAUAAAAGUGGAGUGAUCUAAAUGAAGUCUUGGAAAGAAUGGAAAUAUCAAAGCUUUUAGGCAGAAAAGAUAUCAUUUGCCUUGUAAUUUAAUUCAGAAUUUCAGGGCUCUUCAAAAACAAAAAUACUUUGAAAAAAGGAGCUAAGAUCUGCCUCUGUGCCAUUUGUUUCCAACAGCAAAAGGCACGAGGCUGAUCUGUAACCACAGGGAAAUGUCUAAACCAUGAAGGGAGGAAUUGCAAAUAUCUCACCUUUUCUGGGCUCCUACCCAGGGUCGACAGCUGUCCUGUCCCAAGAGACACAAUUCCUUACCAAUUAUUGGUGAAAUUGAUUUGCUUCUGAUCAAUCUCUCAGACUGAGUGUUGGAAUAGCAUAUUGAGAUUUUCUGAAGAAAAGACGCUUUUUCUAAAGGAAAGAAACACCUUGUCCUAAAGUGUCCUCUCUGCUUCUCACCCAAGUGUCUUCCUGUAGGACUUAAAUCAACUUUAACUCACCUUUCUGUCCCUUUUAUCCUCACUCUCAGCUCCUUGAGGAACCCUUUGUGGGGUGACACAAUCAGUGAUUCCACACAAAAAAUCCCGAUGAUUGAAAUGCUGUUGCAGUGUGCCACCUCUGAGGGUGGCCUGUUGCAAACAUGUUGGAUGUGUUUUGCAUUCUCUCCUUCUCCCCUCAUUUUGUUUCAUUUAAUCAGUGCAGUUUACUCGAGCUGUUCUCCCCUUGCUGAUUAGACUUGUAAUUCUUGCACAUAUGGUGGUGUUUGUGGAGAAAACAUUUCCCUCCUCUCCCCCUCCAACCCCAAAUCUGUGAGUCUUUUACUUUGGCUCUGUUCUUAUCAAAUAAUUGCAGCUGUAAUUAAAGCACAAUGAAUCAGCACCAGUCACGGGGUUGAGCCCUUCCUUAAGAAAUUACACGUCCAGAUGUCUGGAAUGGCAGGCAGCAUUUAAAUCAUGUGCCCAGGAAGCACCACCAGCCUGAGGCAAAUCCCAUUUCUACCUUUUGGCAAAGGACUGUACAAGUGGCAUUUUAGAGACGUUGUUUUUACAGUUUCCAUCACAAACUUCCAUGAGUGCCCCCUGUAGUGAUGUGCCUGCUCACGGUGUGUCACUGGGACACUCGGGAUGUCUGAUGUGAGCCCCCUGUAAACAGAGAUGGAGCUGGAGGUCAACUCCUGUGCAAAACUGUCCCUGCUGACUUUUCAUAAGGGUCUGUCCGCUAAGAGAGGCAGUGGUUUCAUAGAAAAUGAGGUAAAAACAUAAUAAAGAAAUGCUGAUGAUUCAACUUAGCCAGCAAAAGAGAAAACAUCCAUAAUUAACAUUCACCUCUGCCUCACUUGGUGCAGUUGGUGGUGUCUGCUACAAGUGGGAUAAGAACGAUGCUGGCCUGCUAACCCAGGAGUUAAGCACAUAUUUCAGUUUCAAAAUCGGGUUUGAGAGUUUCAGUCCUUUUCUGAGCACCUGGAAAUGCCCACACGAGUCCCAGGGCUGCCCACUGACCUUUGGAGGACUGGCACAGGGACAUGACCCAUGCCAGAGUGUCCCUGAAGGGACACGGGGCAGUGCCAGGCCUGGGGGACUCCAGCUGUUCUCCCAAAUUUGGUGCAAAUACCUGCUCUGCUUUAAAAAGAGUCACAGAACGUGUGGCAAUGGCUGGGUCAGGUCAAAGCUUCCUCAGCAUUUGGGGAUUUUGAAACUAAAAGCAGAAAAAUGAGUUGGGGUCUGUUACUGAUACUGAGGAAGGACACAUUUCCACAAGAAAAUCAGUAAUUUCAGCAAAGUCACUUGCAGUUUGAAUCAUUCUCCAGUCAGAAACUUCUCAUGAUUGUUGUAUACAUAGUUGUCUCUUAUGAGUGAUAUAUAUAAAUUUAACUCAAAGUACAUCUGACUACAUUGCUAGUAAAUGUUUAAAGCUCUGAGGAUUUAAAAGUUGCUAAAUAAUGCAGAAAAUUAACUUUUUCCCUCUCUCUCUCUCUCUCUCCCCCCACUCCUUUCC